AGCUGCUCACUUUGCAGAAAACUCAGAUCCAAACGCUGCCCAGCUCGGGCUGCCUCGCUCUCCAAAGCCAGCUGGUCUGGCUUAGCAACUCUGCUUUUAUUCACAAUUUUUUAAUUUCGGUUCAUCUUGUUUGAUACAAGGGACUGAUUGAGCAAACCCACAGCUGGAGCUGCUGGGAAUCCUUCCAGGUGAAGACAGACCAGAAAGCACUGGUGCUUACUCACUGACAGCCGGGAGGCGCGUGCUCUGCUCCGAGAGGAGAGGAGUCGCUGGAUGGACUGAAGUGAACCGCUGGACGGAGACACGCUGCAGCAGGACGUGGCGUGACGAAUCAUGCGGGACUGAGCGCGAGGUACCAGCCAGCAGUUUGGGAUUGAGAAGCAAAGACAUUUGAGGACCUGGAAGUGAAUUAAAGAAGCCAUAAGAGACAACUGCGAUAGAGAAGAAGAAGCAGGAAGGUCGCAAAGAUGGGGAGAAAAAAGAUUCAGAUUGCACGAAUAAUGGAUGAAAGGAACCGACAUGUGACAUUUACAAAGCGCAAGUUUGGCCUGAUGAAGAAAGCCUAUGAGCUGAGUGUGCUGUGUGAUUGUGAGAUUGCACUCAUCAUCUUCAACAGCACCAACAAGCUGUUUCAGUACGCCAGCACCGACAUGGACAAAGUUCUGCUCAAAUACACAGAGUACAACGAGCCGCAUGAGAGUAGGACCAACUCAGACAUCGUAGAUACUCUACGUAAGAAGGGUUUAAAUGGCUGUGAAAGCCCCGACAUCGAAGCUGAUGACUCUGCUGGCCAGAGCCCAGAGUUAGACGACAAGUACUGCAAACUCAACGAAGACAUCGAUCUGAUGAUCAACAGACAGAGAAUCUGUCAGGGUCUGCCUCCCUCUAGCUAUGAUAUGGGGGUGACCAUCCCAGGCAGCAAUCCCAGCGGGCUGCUGUACUCUCACCAGGGCAUAGGGGGCACUGUAGGUAAUCACAACUUGCUGCCCAUCACACACUCAUCAUUGCAGAGAAUCACCAUGUCCCCUCAACGGCCUUCCAGCACUGGAAAUGCAGGGCUGAUGGGCUCAGAUCUUCCAAACACUGUGGUCUCCAGUGUGGGAAACGGCAACUUCAGCUCCCCCGGGCUCAUGUCCCCGGCCGGUGUCUGCAAAAACAUGCAGGACAAAAGUCCUCCUCACAUGGGCAUGAGCCACAAGCCUGACCUCCGAACUCUGAUGCCACCUUCCAACAAGUGCUCCAUGAUGCCAGCUCUUAACCAGAGAAUAAAUCUCUCCCAAACUGCUCAGACACUGUCGCCCCCUGCAGUGUCCAUCGCUGCUUCUGGGAUUGGUGGUUAUCCAUCUGCGAUCUCCUCUUACAGCUCAGAAUUCUCCCUCGGCAGCGACCUGUCCUCUCUGUCUGGGUUUGGAGGUUCGGGUCUGGGAUCAGUGAUGAGCUGGCAGCAGCAGCAGCUGCAGAAUCUUCAGCACUCGGCACUCGGACACAUGGGAAACCUGUGCCAGAACUCAAACCUGGACGUCCCCUCUGUUCAUCACAACCUCCACAUUAAGUGUGAGCCCGCCUCUCCUCCCCGAGACCAGAGCAUCGCUGUGGUCGGGGCUGGACUCAGAGGAGGCGUGAACCCAGCUGGAUACUCCAUCGGUGGUGGUCGGGGGCCUCGCGAAUCUGGCAGUUCCCCUGGCGACAGCGCGUCCAGUUGCGGAAGCUCAUAUGAAGGCAGCGAGGAGCGCGAGGAUCACCACGGCAACGAGAGCUUCCUACUGCAGCCACUGCACAAUCAGGAGGAACGUCACAGCCCGUCAGUAAAACGGAUGAGGCUGUCAGAAGGCUGGGCAACAUAAUGGGAACAGCUCUACAGGCACAGGGGUGGGGGUGCGAGUAAAGUUACCAUAUAGUGUUAUUAUUAUUAUAAUUAUUAUUAUUAUCAUAUUCUCCUUGUACUGAAUGCAUGUGCUUUAUGUUUAACGGUGGUAUGUACUUGACGCUGCGGGUUUGGCAAUGUGUACUGCAGGUAAACUUCACCACAGGUCAGGAUCAGCACACAAAACCUGGAAAACCAAAAUUCUCAAGUCUGUGUGUUAAAACAUUCUCAAGAUAUAUAAAUAGUUAUUUAUUAUUAAUCUGGCAAAUUGCAGUAGAUUAACUCCAUGUGGGAUGCUAAUGCACCAAAUAUGUAAUAAAUAAAUUCUAACCAACAGUGUCAACCAUGACUUUGAUAGAGGCUGAUGCUGUCACAAACUCAGAAAAUGUUCACUUUUUGUCACGUUCCAAUUAUAAACUUUAAGAAACAAAGCAUUCCCACAGCAUGAUGGUGCCAUCACCAUGUUAUACUGGGGAACAGGAUUUUCAGGGUGAUGAGCAGUAUUAGUUUUCCACCACACACAGCAUCAGAGCAGCAUUUUUUACAUGUUUUCUGUUUCUCCACCAUGACUUGUGGCAAACAGGACUUAUGUCUUUCUUUCAACAACAGCUUUCUUCUUGCCAAUCCUCCAUAAAGGGCAGACUUGUGGAGCGCCCUACUAAUAGUUGUUGUGCCGACACAUUCUCCCACCUGAACUGAGGUUCUCUGAAGCUCCUCCAGAGUUACCACGGGCCUCUUGGCUGCUUCUCUGAUUAAAAUUGUCCCUGACCUAUGUGCUGUGUGUGCGAGGCACUGUAAGAACCGAACUGCCGGGGUUAAGUUAGUUCAGUGUUCACAUCUUUAUACAUUAAAUCUGUAGAGGAAAAAGCUCAAUUUAAACAUGUCUUCCCUUUAUUGAAUCAAAGCCCAAACUUUCUCCCGAGAAUUUUUUGACACAUUUGUGAAUCUUGAGAAUUUCGUUUUUGUUUUUUUUAAAUGCUGAUAGAUGAGAAAUUUGCUUGAGGUCAUCAUUACGCUGGGAGGUCUGAAAGUGUACAUCUACUGCUUGUUUUCGGUGUGUUUAGGUAGUGUGGGGAUAAUAAGUGCACAACUGGUGUGUGAAGUUCUCAUGUGCUAUCAUGUAUGCAAACUACAGAAAAGGUCAAGGGGAAUAAGUCUGGUACUCUAGGCAGUGAAGCUACUGGAUCUGUACUGAUGCACUCUGUCCAAACAAAUGCUUUGAAAUGUAUCGCACAAUAUUACAAGAAUCAAUUCAGGGGGAAAUAAGCUGAUGAAACAAGUAGGAAAAAAUUGAAGGAGUAGGUGCCAAGAAGGGGAUUUUCGACUAACAGAGUAACCACCUGACUGGAAGUUAAAAAGCAGCAACCUGUCUGAUUUUAGCAGAAGCUUCUGGUUCUGUGUUAGUCGAAAGGCUGGAGAACAGGCAGAGGUGUUGAUGGUUGGUGAGUGGUCUGUUGGAGUCUAGGCAGCAUGGUUGCAUAAAUCUUACUUGAUAUUGAGAUGCUCAGUUUGUGGUGAGCUUUCAAAGUCAUGUGACAAGAAAACAAUGCAGAUAGAUAAAACUGAGGAGGUGAAAAGGAGCAGUGUAGGCUGGAUCUGACAGGAAACUGAGAAACUAACUGUGAAAAUGAACCACUACAGAAUGUCUACGUACCACUACUUAGUUCUGACAGACUGCUGGGUGUAACCUGAAAUCAUCGCUGGUGGGACAGUAAAACUUUAAACUAAAAAGACCAGAUUAAUGCAGAAAGCCCGGCAAGUGGAAUGUGGUGACAUCUAGAGGCCAACUUUGUAAUUGCAGUAAAGUAACUUCUCCAUUUACCCCUGAACUGUAGUGGCCAUAAACACAAGGAAAAGUAGCACAGUCAGGCUGGUCUCCUCUAUAUUUAUGUGGAGUUUUAUUGUUUUAAAAUGUGUUUUUAGUUUUUUUAAGAAAAUGCAAAAGAAGAAGAAAAAGUAUUUCUAUCAAAAUGUAAAUUAUUCAAACUUUGUAGCCAUCCAAUAUUUGUCUCUAAAAUUCAAUUUUCUAUUCAGUUUUAUUCAUAGAGAGCUAAUUCACAACACAUGUCGUCUCAAGGCACUUCAGAAAGGGUUUGGAAUGGUGCAGGGUUGUUGGGGAGGUUAGAAUAAACUACUGAGUGUUAGUUUGGCCAUUUUAGAAUGGGUAGUAAGGGUACUUAGUAAACUGAUAAAGUUUGUCCAUCUAGAGCCCACUGGUGGCCAUUGUUAUACUAAAAACCACAAGGAUUUGGGGUACCUCAGGUUUAUUUUAGAAUGGUUAAAUGGCUUUCCCCUAAAACACUAAAAAUGCUUAUACUAAGUUCUUCAACUUCCAAGUAUAACAAGACAUAAACUUCUGUUUUUCAUGCUCCUGUGGUACAAAUGGGGCUUCACUAAAUAAUCCAGUCAUUUAAGCCAAAAUCUCCCGCACAUGGGCUGGGCAGUUAUUUUAUUCCCAGUUUCUGUGUAUGUCUUCACUGACCCACACACUGAUAUUUAGAUGUUCCAUGCUAAGCCAAUUCCUCUGUUGUGGUUCCCUUUCACUGUUUCCUUUCCAGUCCUCAUUAAGUAAAGUUUCAGUUUUGGCCUUUUCCCACUGUAAUGUGAGUCUUUACAUAUGGAUAGUGGAGCGACGCGGUCAGAGCGAGGAGUUAUAAAGCCAUAGAAAUACAGAAGACAGAUGCUUUGCUGCACAAACCUGUAGAGUUGUGUUUUAGAGACUAAGGUAAGGGAUGUUUCAUUGAGCUCUACAGUCCAGUCUGAUACUUGAGAUAGAAACACAACAGGAAGCCCAAAGUUUUAACGGCUGGUGUCAGACCCAGUGAGAGUUCACAGUGAUAAACAACACAGCUGCUCACCUUACUGGUAAUUAUCAGGAAGACUUGCAGGGGUGCAGGUCGAUACUCAGGUUGUUUAUUCUAAGGAAUAUCCUAUUGCAGCAAUGAUGUAGUUGCAGGCAUGCAUACUGGGUAAUCUGUCCACUAGGGGUAAAUUCUGGCUCAGUUUCUUUAUAUAGAAUCAAUUCACAACAUCUCAAGGCACUUUAAAACAAACGGGUCCGAUUUAUAUCAGUUCUGUAGAAACUAUAAAAUCACACUAAUGUAUAGAUGUAAAAUCAAAUCAGAAAGUCAGAUUCAUUUACAUAAAGUCCAAUUUGAUCCUGUUUCUAUCCAUCGAUCCUUUCCAUCAUUCAGGUUUUAGCUGCAAUAUAAGAAGUCCUAAAGUAAAAAUCUAACAGAUGCGUAUUUCUAUCCUGGACUAGUCAAAGAAGCCAUUUUAGCUCCUUCCAGAUGUAGGCUGAUGUCUGAAUGUGAAAUCUUAGACACUUUCAGACACCGUAAGCAGAACAUUGGCCUUAGUAAGUAUGUUCAGUUCUGGUGCUUUGCAUUAACCCUGGAAGUUGGACUUCUGAUUUGGAAAUGACAUCAUACCUACUUUAACUAUGUCAUAGAGCUCAUAGAGCUAGUAAACAGUUGAAUUCUGCAGCUAUCACUGUUUUAUGCAGCCGUGUUGGAUUUUGGGGAGGAUGUUGGCAAAAAAAACUCAAACAAAACAUAGGACUGUAAUUAACAUCCCUGUUAGGUUUUUCUUGUUUUUCUUUUGUUGUGUUUUUUUUUCUGUGUGUUAAAGAGGUGGCUGAGGGUUCAAAUUUGAAUAUUUUUGCUUAAAACUGUAUAUUUGGAGCUCGACCCCUCAGCCACUCUUCACUUUUUCUUUCUGCUCAGCAUCAAAAUUCACUUAGGAAGUGGUGGAGGAACACACACUGCUGUUUAUUAACUACAUAGGGCUGAGCCUCGGCAGAGGUUCUUCUCUUCUCCAUCUAUCAGGAAGCAUGUUUGGCGUCUAACCUAAGAGAUUUUAAGGACAUGAGCCAGGAGCUCAUCCCUGGGCUCCAGGUGGCGCCAGCUAACUGCAGGUGUAAAAUAGGAGGCUGGCUUUGAAAUGGAAGAGAGAAUAUAAGCUAAGCAGUGUAAAAAGCCCCAUUUAUAUGCAGAUAAAUCUGAAUCUUUGGAUUGUUUCUGCACCCAGUUACUGCCUAGAUGUCGGUCAGGUACCAAAAAAACUAAUAAAGCUAAUAGCUUAAUUUUUUUCAGCUGGUGACAUUAGUGAAUGUCUUUAGUACAAAUCCAAAUGUACAAGUUUGUUCUGCAUUCUCCCCUUAUCACAUGCUUCCAGUCACCAUGACUUAGAUCUACUGAGAGAUUGUUAGCGGCAUGAGCUGGCCUUUUGUCGCCACCUGACACAACGAUGAACCAAGUGCACAUCGGUUGUUGCAGAUCUCCCUCACUCAGAACUGUGCUAGUGUUUGUAUUUUGCAGAAAAUAAAAAUGCUCAUGUUAUGUUCCA